AACAGCACCAACAACCAUGUCUGCCAGAUCAUACACUAUUAAGAGAAUAACGAACGAAACAAAGAUUCAAAUUGCCGUCAGUCUUGAUGGUGGUCAUAUCGCUCUUGAAGAAUCAAUUUUUGAUAAGAAAUUAGAAGACGACGAGCAUGCCAAACAAGUUUCUGGAUCUCAAGUUAUCAACGUGCAAACAGGUAUUGGAUUCUUAGACCACAUGUUACACGCAUUGGCCAAGCACUCUGGCUGGUCUUUGAUCGUUGAAUGUAUAGGUGAUUUACACAUUGACGACCAUCACACUGCAGAAGAUGUGGGUAUAGCCUUAGGUAUGGCAUUCAACAAGGCGCUUGGUCCAAUCAAAGGUGUCAAGAGAUUUGGGAGUGGGUUUGCUCCGUUGGAUGAAGCCUUGAGCAGAGCUGUUGUUGAUUUAUCCAACAGACCAUAUGCCGUGAUAGACUUGGGAUUAAAGAGAGAAAAGAUCGGAGAUUUGUCGACUGAAAUGAUCCCACAUGUUUUGGAAAGUUUUGCUCAAUCAGCUGCCAUCACCAUGCACGUUGAUUGUUUGAGAGGUACAAACGACCACCACAGAUCAGAAAGUGCCUUUAAGGCUUUAGCUAUUGCCAUUAAGGAAGCAAUCUCAAAGACUGGAAGCAACGAUGUUCCAAGUACCAAGGGUGUUUUAUCAUAGACAGCGUGUUGUUGUUAAAUUUAUAGACUUUAUUUCGUAUUAAUUAAUGUCAAGAC